AUGGCGAGUGUAGUGUUACACGGGAAUCUUUCGAUCGAUAUUUUCGACCCGGCGACCACAGAAUGGAAACGAUGGUUGCAGAGAUUCCAAGCAGCGAUCACUAUUUUUCAAGUUCCGGCAGAACAACGGGUACUGUACCUAUUACAUUAUAUCGGGUCCGCCGCUUUCGAUGUGAUUUGUAACAAAAUGGCACCGGCGGAUCCUUACUCAACUACUCUCGAAGAGUUAAUAAAUAACCUAGGAGAGUUCUAUGCGCCGGAACCGUUGGAGAUCGCGGAAAACUUCCGUUUUCACCAAAGAAAACAGAAUGACGGUGAACCGAUUAAGGACUUCGUCGCGGCAUUACAAAAAUUGAGCGUUCACUGUAAGUUUGGUCCAUACUUAAAGACAGCUUUACGAAACCAACUGGUUUUCGGACUGGCAAGUUCACGGGCCCAGUCCCGUCUACUGGAGACUAAGGACCUCACUUUUGAUAAGGCGGUCCAGGUUGCCACCGCUAUGGAGUUAUCGGAGAAAGAUUCACGCCAGCUACAAUCGAAGACGGCCGAAAUAGAGUACGUGGGCCCGAAGGACCGCAAGCCGGAACAACGGGGACCGCGGAAGAAGAAAUUCACCUCGGGAAAGCCCGCGAAAGAGAAGAUUGAAGCGCACAAAACGAAUGUCGGUAAACUACGUACAGGCCAUUCGAGUACGUCCGUGAAUGCUAAUAUAUCUUGUUACAGAUGCGGUAGAAACCACCUAGCUAGCAAAUGCACUUUAGACAGGAAUAUCAAAUGCAAUUUUUGCGGUACACCAGGCCACUUGCGCAAGGUCUGUAUGGGGGCGAAGCGCGCCUCAGCGAACCAGGUCGAGGAAGUAUUGCAGGUGGAGCAUUGCGAACAUAGGGGCAAAUUUUUCAAAACGCUCGUAGUAGAUGGAAAGCCUUUGCGUUUUGAGAUAGAUAGCGGGGCAGCGGUUUCUAUUGUAAGUACUAGCACUGUUCAAAGAUUAUUUCCCCGCCGUCGGCUUAAACAGACGACCAUACAAUUGAUGACCUUCUGUAAAACACCUAUCCAAGUAAUCGGCGUGCUUCCGGUAUCGGUGACGUGGCGCGACGACAUACUUACGUUAAAUCUAUACGUCUCUGAGGUCGAUCGCGAGCCUUUGUUAGGUCGCGAAUGGAUACGUCAGCUACACCUAUUUCAUUUAGUAGAUUCGAUAAACAUGACCCAAGUCAUUGAAAACAGUACACGAAGUAAAAUCGAACGACUGUUAGAUUGCUACAAAAAGAAAUUAGACCCGAGUCUUACAAAGAUACGAGGCUUACAAGCCAGUUUAACUACAAAGGAAAAUAUCAAUCCUAUCUUCCUAAAAGCACGUACAGUACCCUUUAAACUAGUACCCUUAGUGGAACAAGAAUUACAAACACUGGUAGAGGACGGGAUUUUAGAAAAGGUCAAUACGUCGCGUUGGGCUACACCUAUUGUGCCCGUAUUAAAGAAAAACAACAAAAUACGUAUUUGCGGAGAUUUCAGCGUCACGAUAAAUCCUAAUUUAUUGACCGAUAAAUAUCCGCUCCCCACCGUCGACGAGUUAUUUGCGUCCAUGGCCGGGGGCACAAAAUUUACAAAGAUUGACCUACAACAGGCUUAUUUACAAUUAGAAGUUCGGGAAGAAGAUCGCGAAUUGUUGACAUUGAAUACACAUAAAGGUCUGUUUAGAAGCACAAGGCUAAUGUACGGGAUCGCGUCGGCGCCAGCUAUUUGGCAGCGUGAAAUUGAAAAUAUCUUAGGGGACAUACCGGGUGUGUCUGUUUUUCUUGAUGACAUCAAAAUCACAGGACCUGAUGAAAACACUCACAUGUGCCGUUUAGAACAAGUACUCUCACGUUUAGCAGACGCAAACAUACGAAUUAAUGAAGAAAAGAGCGAAUUUUUUAAAGACAGCAUACUUUACUGCGGUUACAAGAUCAACAAAAGCGGAAUACAUAAGAUAACCGAGAAAACCCAAGCCAUUGAUAAUAUGCCACCGCCACAAAACGUAACCGAAUUGCGCUCCUUUCUGGGGAUGGGCUAUACCUUCGACAUUAAGUACAAAAAUACGCGACAACAUUGCAACGCUGAUUGUCUAUCUCGCCUACCAGUUCCAAUGAUACCUAACAUAGAGCGCGACGUGGUCGACGUCUACGAGAUGGAAAUAUUGCAGAACACACCCGUGUCUACAGACAAAUUAGUACAAGCGACCGCAGCAGAUACACAAUUACAAAAAAUACUCAGAGCGCUACGCGAGAACAAAGAAAUACCGGCUAAAUUGCGUUUCAAUAUUAAUCAAGCGGCCUUUAGUAUACAGCAGGAAGUGGGGGAGAGUGUGCAAUGCCGAAACUACAGUGGAAACGUCAAAUGGAAACACGGAAAGAUCAUUCACCGCCUGGGUAAAUUACACUAUAAAAUAGAACUGGAUGAUGGCAGAGUCUGGGAACGCCACGUAAACCAAUUGCUGCGAUCAGGAGAAUUUUGGGACCACCCCGACGAACCGCAAACAAAAAGGGAACCAAACGUCCCGGAAACACCGGAGGAAACGGAAAUACAACACACCCAUAGCGGCGCCGAACAACCACGACCACCGGAAGUGCAUCAAUCUCCAGAGAGAGCAGAAGUAUCCGUCCAGAACCAGGCAGGAGACGUCGGACGCCCAGUACGCAUGAGGAAGCCACCGGAAAGAUAUACGGACACUGUAUACUAUCGGAAGUAUCGUUGGAUUAAAAACGGAAAAAACUUUGAAUGGCCGGCGUAUGACGAUCGCAUUUCUCAACAGCCUGGUCGAGGUACCUUAGUGAUUUCAAGACCAAGGGACGAAGAUCUAGGACAGUAUCAAUGUUUUGCGGAGAAUGAAUGGGGUAUAGCCACAUCGAAUUCGGUGUUUGUUCGAAAGGCUGAAUUGAAUUCUUUCAAGGGAAAUCCGAUAACUCAGAAUGCAAAUGAGGGUUCCCCCUUCAAACUUACCUGCCAACCACCAGAUGGCUGGCCUAAGCCGAACGUUUACUGGCUAAUUCAGGAUGUUAGCGGUGGUAUCAAGUCAAUCAAUAAUUCCAGGAUGACUCUGGACCCGGAGGGUAAUCUCUGGUUCAGCAAUGUCACGAAGUACGAUGCCUCGGAAGAGUUUUACUACGCCUGUGCCGCCACAUCUGUGUUCAGAAACGAAUACAAAUUAGGCAAUAAGGUUUUGCUAAACGUAAUUUCUACAGGUGCAUCCACCGGCCAGAACAAGUAUCCCCCCGAGAGACAAUAUGUCAGCAGGAAAAACGAGGUCGCUCUGCGCGGUAAGAAAGUAGAGCUGUACUGUAUAUUUGGUGGAACGCCUUUGCCGCAGAUCGUUUGGAGCAAAAACGGUCAACUGAUCAGUCCGAGCGACAGAGUAACUCAAGGGAACUACGGCAAGUCUCUUGUCUUAAAACAUGUCAAUUUCGAGGAUGAAGGAACCUACACUUGCGAGGCGUCGAACGGAGUGGGCGCUGCCCAGUCGUAUUCGAUAAACUUAAACGUGAUGGCUGUACCGUAUUUCACGGUCGAGCCGGAAUUCGUGAACGCCGCGGAGGACGAGACCGUGGAAAUUAGAUGCGAGGCCAGCGGAGUGCCCGUUCCCGAGAUCAAGUGGAUACACAAUGGCAAACCGAUAUCCGAGGCACCGCCGAAUAACAGACGGCGAGUCACGCCGAAUUCUAUCAUCAUCGAGAAGCUGGUGAAGAAGGACACGGGCAAUUAUGGAUGUAACGCCACCAACUCGUUGGGAUACGUUUACAAAGACGUUUACGUGAACGUGCUGGCGCUCGAUCCGGACAUCACGCAACCGCCCAUGGAUAUGAGUACGGUCGAUGGCAAGACCGUGCGGGUCACAUGUCGCGUUUUCGGCGCGCCCAAACCUGAGGUCAAGUGGAUCAGGAACGGACAGGAAUUGACUGGCGGUCGAUACAAGACUUUAGACUCGGGCGAUUUGGAAAUUGAAAAUGUGAUAUUCUUGGACGCGGGUACUUACACGUGUCACGCCUCCAAUAAAUUCGGCGAGGUAAAGGCGUCUGCCGUUUUAGUCGUGAAGGAACACACUAGAAUAACGGACGAGCCGGAGGAUUACGAAGUCGCGGCGGGCUCCACUGCCACAUUCAGGUGCAAUGCUGUUACUGAUCCCAGUCUACCUCUGGUUAUAGACUGGUUGAGUAAUGGUGAACCGAUAGACUUUGAGAUGGAACCCAGAUUUAUACGGAGCUCCGAUUAUUCUUUGAUGAUCACAAAGACGACCGAAUUAGAUUCCGGUACUUAUACUUGCGUUGCGCACACCGAACUGGACGAAGCGAGAGCGCAGGCGACGCUGAUAGUUCAGGAUGUACCUAAUUCACCGAGAUUAGUUGGUAUCACGUGCACGUCGAAGGAAGCCAUUGUUCAAUGGAUACCCAUGGGCGAUAACAGAGCACCCAUUCUGCGCUACACCAUUCAAUACAACACUAGUUUUACGCCGGAUACUUGGGAGAUAUCCAAAGAUUUUGUUCCCGCCACCGAGCAGAGAUAUUCAGUGCCCAUGUCACCGUGGGCUAAUUACACAUACCGCGUUCUCGCAUGGAAUAAGAUAGGUCCAUCUCUACCAUCACCACAUAGUGACGUUUGUACCACCUUACCGGAUGUCCCUUAUAAAAAUCCGGACAAUGUCAUGGGCAAAGGCAACACACCGCAAAAUUUGGUUAUCUCGUGGACGACUAUGCCGCAAGUAGAGCAUAAUGCUCCCAGAUUUAUGUACCGAGUGUAUUAUAAGAGAGAUAUACCCGGUGAGAAAUGGACUAUUCAAGAUAUAAACGAUUGGAGAAAAAACAAGUUGCUAGUGGAAAAUCAACCUACAUACCAGAGAUACAAGCUUAAAGUCAUCGCAAUAAACGAGAAGGGAGAGAGUAGAGCAUCGGCUGAGGAAAUUACCGGAUAUUCUGGGGAAGACAUACCUCAGCAAGCGCCAGGUAAUUUUACACUAAAUCAAGUAAAAUCGAGCACGACCGCUCAACUGUCGUGGAGUCAGGUGCCGGAAGAAUCGGUGAGGGGCGAGUUGCAAGGAUACAAAAUUCAGACGUGGACGGAUAAGGACGGCGAGAAAGGAAUGCGCGAGAUCGACAUUCGCGGCGGCAACAAGACGCAUGCGCUGGUCACAAAGUUUGUUCCGUACAGCAGGAAUAACGUGAGAAUACUCGCUUACAAUGGCAGAUACGCCGGUCCUCCGUCCGAGACUUUGAGCUUCGAGACACCGGAAGGAGUUCCCGGAACGGUACUUAGUUUUGAAGCAUUUCCCAUAGGAUCCAGCGCUCUGUUCCUUGUGUGGACGCGGCCCGCGGAACCGAACGGCAUCUUAACCGGAUAUAGGAUCUAUUAUCAGGUUGUGAAUGGCACGAAAUUAGGAACUCUUCUCGAGAGAAAACCGCAUGUUAUGAAUCCAGACGACACGACCGCCAAAUUACCUGGGUUAGCGCCUGACACGAUAUACCGCGUUCACAUACGUGCCACAACCAAAAUUGGCGAAGGCAAUGACUAUUUCAUUGAACAAAAGACACGAACGUCUAAAAAACCUGACGUCCCGCAAUUUACAUGGGAAACUGUACCAACGGAAAAUGGAUAUGCAAACGUGAGAGUAAUUUGGGUACCGAAUCUGAACGGCAAUCCGGGAAGUCAUUUUUAUGUUAAACACAAGCUCAAGGGCGAAACGAUAUCUACGGAGACUGAUCCCGAAUUUCUAUCGAACGGUAUUGAGUUGCGUGGUCUUCAAAGCGGUGAAGUCUAUGUGAUGUCGGUUGUUGCUGUCGACGGAGAUUACGUGACUGAAAGCGCUUCUCAAGAAGUGGAGACGAGCAGUGAAGGGCCCAUUAUUCAACCGAAGGAAAAUGUCGCAACGGCUGGUUGGUUCAUAGGAAUGAUGCUGGCGAUCGCUAUCCUCCUCCUAGUGCUGAUAAUCGUUUGCGUGAUUAAACGAAACAGAGGUGGAAAGUACGCGGUGCAUGAGCGAGAAUUGGCCGCUGGACGUGGCGAUUAUCCCGAGGAGGGCGGAUUCCAUGAAUAUUCACAACCACUGGACACCAAAUCGGCUGGUGGACGCGCGUCCUUAGCAUCAUCUUCUCAUCAGGAUGGCAAACAUCCUGAAUCGGACACGGACUCCAUGGCGGAGUACGGUGACGGUGAUACAGGUCGCUUCACUGAAGAUGGAUCCUUCAUCGGGCAAUACGGACCUAAAGGUAGGCCAGAGGAGACACCACCAAUUCCGACUGGCACUAUGGCCACGUAUGUGUAACAUCUACAGCUAUGUUAAUCAAAGUCGCAUAAAAAAAGGAAAAAAAGGAAAAAAAAACGUUUUCUCGUUACGGUUAAGGAUCAGAGCCCGAUCCUUGGCUACUGCAGCAGCUCUGCUAUGCACCUUGCGCUGGGCGCAAUGUCCAACACUAUACUGCCAAUUAGACUCUGGGGAUUUGGGUUUUAUAGUUCCUAUAGAGUAAACCGUGACUGUCUUUCACACUCAUUUACACAUUUAUAGAUUUCCGAUGCGCAAUAAUCGGAUACGAGUUUUGAGUUUCUGAAAUAUUCAAAAACAUUCCAUAUAUAUUUUUUCGCUUUUUAGCAUUUUUGAACGUGUAACAAAAGUAAGUCAAUUUUUGUUACGAAUAUUUUUUUCUUCAUUCCAUUGUCAAGAGUGCUGAUAAUUUGCAAUACACAAGGGCAUAUCUCUAUUUGAAUGAUAAAACCCAGAAACUGUAGGUGUUUCAUAGCGUGCAAGCUAUUUAUGGAAAUAGUAUCGUAGAAACUAUUCUAGCAUUGAUCGUAAUAUUUGACAGAGCCAGAUUGAGUUGGACACGCCGAUUGGUGACAAGGUAUACGAAUUGUUCCAGACUUGUGACAUACUUUUAAGACUGCAUGUAGUAUCCAAUGUCAACAUGACGCGCGUUGAUUUCUAAAUUUAUUACGACGUACAUAUAUAUAAAUUUUUUAACUUAGUAUCGAGUAUUAUAAUUGAAAAAAAAUUUGGAAAUUGCUUUUGCUAAAAGUAAACAUUAUUGCUUAUUCAAUACAAGUAUUUGCACAUCUCUCAUUUUUCAAGUCAUUUAUUGCGUUGUUACUUACAUUUAUGUUUAUAAAUUUUUUUCUAAAUUAUCAGAUUACUCUUGAAAAAUGCUUUAUAGCGUCCACUUGAAUUGUAUCCAUAAGAAGAGAUUGGACAAUAUUGAAAUAAUUCAGAUUAACAUAAUUUUCUACCGUACAUAUAGAAUACAAAAUUAUUAGGGAUAAACGUAUAAGAGUAAAUAAAAAUAUUUCUUUCUCUUUUACGAGAGUUAAAUACUUGUAUCGAUAGCCAAUAAAAAUUAUUUUUAAUAGAAAUUCUUUUAUUCUAGUAAUAUAUUAUAUUCGAGUAACUGUAAUAUAUAUAUAUAUCGAAAUGUAUUCACAAAGUGUUAAAUCUUAGUGCCUAUAUUGGACUUGAAAAUAUUUAUGAUAAUGAAAUUAUUAAAUUUCUAAAACGUAAGUGACAUUCAUGCUUUAAAUGAGACACAUUAAUUGAAAUUUUCGCGAUAAAUGCUUUUAUUCUAAUAAAGCUUUAUUGUGAAAUUGGUGCACAAUGGAAUUAGAAAGUGUUUACGGCAAAUUUUUACCAUUUUAUAUUGUAUAAAUAAAGCGAAUAUACAAUAUAUAUAUGAUUUAGAUUAAAAAGAUCGUAUAUUAACUAAAGAUUUUGUAACGAAAAUAAAUCAAAAUGAUUUAAAACGCACGUUACAUGACAGAGUGAAUGAUACUAUACAUUUACAUGCAAUCUUGAAAAUGACAAACAAUAAAAAAGAUAGUGUCGCAA